CCGCGUUGAGCGAAGGGGGGACAGACCCCUCGGACCCGUCGUGGAAGCCGCUGACCUCCACCCAGUUACCCGCAGGCAGGGGAGUGACGAUGGAUCUGAUGCAGCGGCAGGUAAACGAGUCCUGGAGGGCGACAGUCGAGCAACGGGAGCAGAGGAGAGGGCUGCCCGGGAGAGGCACUGGACCCCGUCCCUUUGCCGGGGAGGGUCCACAGGACUAUGAGGAUGAGAUGCCUCAGCAGGGGACAUCAGUUUUCCCCACGGGCCUGUCAGGAAGGAGCCAAAUGCCUGGGAAGGGAGAAUUUCGGGUGAAGUUCAACGGGGACCCCAAACAGCUGUCUUAUUUCAUUACAAACGUAAGACACUUCAUGGAGGAUUUUGGGGACCAAUUCCCUUCAGAAAGCGCAAAAAUCCACACGGUGGGGGCAAACUUGAAAGAAGCAGCUGCAGACUGGCUAAUGCAGAUGUAUGAUACGGGUGCCCGGGAGCUGGCCUGCCUGGAGGAUUUCCUAAGAGCCCUCCGUGAGAGAUUCGAAGACCCUUUGGCAGAGGAGAGGGCGAAGGCCCAACUCAAAAGGAUAUACCAGGGAGGAAGGACAGUGUCAGAAUACGCCCUGGAAUUUAAAGCCACAGCGGGGAAGAUUAGGGACUGGUCCGACACCACCAAACUGGAAUAUUUCAGGGCUGGUUUACGCUCUGAGGUGCUCGAGUGGGCUUUACACAGAGGAAAUCCAAGAGACUUGGAGGACUGGAUUUUGCUAGCGGGGCGCGUGGAGGUGGACCAACAGCAAAUCUCUCGUCGUCCAAGGGAGAGCAACAGAAUCAAACCCCCGACAGCAGCAACACGGCGCUUCUCCCCUCGUCGCGGAAGGUCGACCAGCAGGGAGAGGAGAGCAGGGAGGGGGGCCUGCUUCGCUUGCGGGCGCGAGGGACAUCGAGCGGCAGAGUGUCUGAAAGGGACAGGCGUGGAGACAAAAGGAGAGAGGCUUCACAGCCAGAAGCUGCCCCACCAGAACUCCAAACUAGCCAAAGGGAAAGCUGCCAUGGCAACGGAAACGGCUUUAGCCCCAGGGCAGCUUCAGGCAGAAGAGAUGGAGGAAGCGGAGGACCUGGAGUUACCGGGAAACGACCGGGAUCUGUUUUGAACGCCCGGAAACAGAUCGAACCACCAGAGGGCGAAGGGGGUGAGUUGAGAAGAGUAAAUUGUGACAUUGUGAGAGUCAGAGUGAGGCUGUUGAACCCAGAGACAGGGAUUCAGGUAGAGGCAGAUGCUAUGUUGGACUGUGGGUGCACGAGAUGCCUAAUUACUCCCGAACUAGCAAACAGGUUGGGGGUGGAGCCAAACCCACUAAAGACACCAGUAGUCUUCGCACAAUUGGAUGGAACCCCGGCAUACGGAGUCCCAGUAACAGAAAAAAC